AUGAGCCCCACCCUCAACGUUGAGUGCACGCAAUGCGUGCAGUUGUGGCGCGGAGCGGCCGGCGGGCGAAGCGGCGCGACGGCGAAGACGUGUGACCACGGGGCGACGACCUGUCGAGGGGAUGCCUGCUUUAUGCGACAAUGUAAGCACUGCCCGGUCUAUCAAUUCUUCAUGGGAUGCGUCCACCUUACGCCAUGGCAGAUUGCCGAUUUGCAGGCAACCCGAAAGGCAUCCGAUCUGUUGUACCACCGUGUCGGCGCCUCAAUCAUGUGCGAGGAUCAAUUCAACCAAACUACCUGUAUUUGUAAUAGAAGAGACAAAUGCAACAGUCUACACACCCGAACCCCUCACAACACAUACUCGGAGGGGCUCUUCACCGGCAUCAUCAACUUUGACCAUGCUAUCGCCAAGAUUGACCCAAGAUACAUGGAGGUGAUCACCGGCUACCAGCAGCGGUUCCAGUAUUCGAAUCCCUCUGCUGCCACCUCAUUUUUGACCGUGAUCACCGUGCUGAUAUUUCUUUGUGCGACUCGA